GAUGCCACAGAGCACGUAGGAGGCACUAACUUUAUGGCAGUUGAAAGUGACAAUGUCUUGGAAACAACCUUUGAUGAACUACGGUCAGUGGAAGAUCCAAAAAUUACCUUCCAAGUAGAGUUUUAUGGUGAGCAGGCUGAAGAUAUUGGAGGUCCAAGAAAAGAGUGGAUCAGGCUUUUCAACCAACAGAUCAAGGCAAAAUAUUUUGAUCAUGGACUUAAGGAACACUUAGCAGAGGAUUACUAUUUUGUAGGGCAGAAGACUGCAAUUGCCCUUUUACACAAUGGGCAGGCACCAAGCUAUUUUUCUGAAGAACUGUUGAACGACAUUUUUGUUAGUGAUGAAUUAGCAAGUUCAAAGUGUGUUUUGAAGCUUCUUCAAGGACUAGAUACUCUUGGAAUUGACAUGUUUGCCCGAAAGUUCCCAAUGUUCCUUUACCUGCUUAGACCACCCCAAAACAAUGCCAAAUUGACAGUUCCACUUAUCCUUCAUCUCCUUAAACCCACGCUCUCGGAGGAAGGCUCUAACAGUCUAAAGUAUGAGAAAUCUGUUUAUAGUAAGUUUGUCAAGUACCUGCGAGAUGUGGCAAGUGGGCGUAGAGUGACCACAUUGGAAAACAUCUUGGAAUUUGUCACAGGAGCAAGUGAAGAGCCACUGUUGGGCUUUACCCAACAACCAAUCAUUCAUUUUAUAGUUCCCUAUGUGCCCGCAAAAGAGACUACAGAAGACAACAUCAGUGAAGAACAGGUAAACAAUACUAUGUAA